AUGGGACCCAUUUUCAAGGGAGCAGCUGUUGUUUGCCUCGCGGCGCUCUCUGGGCUACAGCCGGCGGCAGGAGAUUUGCAAUUCAACGUCGAAACAGCUGACAAAGGCAAGCAUCUGUUGCUUGGAGAUGCAUACACCUCCUUGAACUUGGCCCGUGUUGGUCACAUGUCUGUACGGAUUGGCAUAUUGACGGAGAACAGCGAACUGGCUGAAGGUCUAAAGGAUGCAUUCACGCCGGCGGCAUAUGCAGCGCCAGCCAAUACGUGUGAGGGAGCCAUCGCAGAACUCAAGAAGACAAAAUUUACCGCAAAGCUCACAGAAUCUGGAGACCAAAAAUAUCGCCAAGCUGUGCAGAAAGCUCUUGAAGCUGGACUUAAUGAGCUGCAGUCGUACCCUGAUAGUGAAGAGAAGUGGAGGGAGUUCUGGGAGAAUGCCGACGGCGCCAACCUCGCACACCUUCUUUGGACUAACAGUACCGGAGUUGGCUGUGCCGUAGGAACAUGCACUCAAGGAGGAGACCAGAAUCGAACUGCAGGAACAAGUAUCGCAUUUCUUUUUUGUGAGAUGAAGCCUGCAGCGGUGGAGAACAAGGCUCCCUUCGACAAGGAGUAUUACGAAGCGCUCACUGAACGAAAAACACCAUUGACACAAAUGACUGAGGAGGACCUCAAAGUUCCUGUCCAGGGCGGUGCAGCUGCUGCCGUACCCUCCCUUCUUGUAGCAGGCUUAACUGCUAUAGUGGCAUUUGCCUCUGCAUAG